AAUUCUGCGCUCCAUACAGUUUCGUCCACGUGCGUCGGCACGUUAAAGGCUUGCUUUGUCGGAAGUUGAUCCCUAGGCUGUGCAGUCGUCGGCUCGUCGUACCGGUGUGCGGUUUUCACGCAGAUUUCAAGGCACAGAUAAAUCUCCAGGUUGAGCCAUGCCAUCAGUUCCUUCAUCCAAAGAGACCACAGUCAAGAGCCCCGUGUGCCCACACGCUGGCAAGCUGCACGGCUUCAGCAACGGAGAGAACAAAGUCAAGAACGGAGUUGAGAACCUGAAGACGGAGGAGGAGUCGCAGGAGGCAGCCAGAAACAUUCAGAUCAAAACAAAGCAUUCUUCUCCCGAAAGGAAAUGGAUCCGGCCCGACCUUCCCAGCCGCUGCACGUGGAGCCUGGAAGCCUCAAAAUCCGACUCCCCUCACACACAAGUUCCAAGGACUGUGCUACCAGCCAUUCUCCCCAACAUCCUGAACAAAAUCGGUGACACUCCCAUGGUACGAAUCAACAACAUCCCCAAAGCCUUUGGACUCAAAUGUGAAAUAUUGGCCAAGUGCGAGUUCUUCAAUGCGGGCGGCAGUGUCAAGGACAGAAUUAGUCUGCGGAUGGUGGAGGAUGCUGAGAGAGCCGGGAUCCUCAAGCCUGGAGACACCAUCAUAGAGCCCACCUCUGGAAACACCGGUAUCGGACUCGCUCUGGCUGCUGCAGUGAAAGGCUACCGUUGCAUCAUUGUCAUGCCAGAGAAGAUGAGCAUGGAGAAGGUGGAUGUCUUGAGAGCGCUCGGAGCAGAGAUCGUACGUACGCCCACCAGCGCCCGUUUCGAUUCGCCAGAGUCUCACGUGGGCGUGGCCUGGCGCCUUAAGAACGAGAUCCCCAACUCGCACAUCCUGGACCAGUACCGCAACCCGAGCAAUCCCCUGGCUCACUACGACACCACAGCCGAGGAGAUCCUGGAGCAGUGUGACGGUAAGGUAGACAUGCUGGUGGCUGGUGCAGGCACAGGAGGGACGAUCACAGGCAUCGCCCGCAAGCUGAAGGAAAGAUGCCCAAAUAUCAAAAUUGUUGGUGUUGAUCCUGAAGGUUCAAUCCUGGCUGAGCCUGAGGAGCUUAACAAGACCGAUAAGACCCAGUACGAGGUGGAGGGCAUCGGGUACGACUUCAUCCCCACCGUGCUCGACAGAUCGGUGGUCGAUACGUGGUACAAGUCCAAUGAUGAGGAGUCCUUCAACAUGUCUCGUUUGCUGAUCAGAGAGGAAGGCCUGCUGUGCGGAGGCAGCUCGGGGACGGCCAUGGCAGCAGCUGUGCAUGCCGCCAAGGAGCUGAAAGAGGGCCAGCGCUGUGUGGUGAUCCUGCCGGACUCCAUCCGCAACUACAUGUCAAAGUUCCUGAGUGAUAAGUGGAUGGUACAGAAGGGCUUUUUGAGGGAGGAGGACCUCAUGGUGAAGAAACCAUGGUGGUGGAACUUGAAGCUGCAGUGUUUGAACAUGUCGGCCCCGCUCACUGUCCUGCCUACCGUCAGCUGCCAAAAGACCAUCCAGAUCCUCAAGAAUAAUGGCUUCGACCAGGCGCCGGUGGUCGAUGACACAGGAUUGAUCCUGGGCAUGGUGACUCUAGGGAACAUGCUAUCUUCGAUCCUUGCAGGGAAGAUCAACUUGUCAGAUCCUGUCAGCAAAGUGCUUUACAAGCAGUUCAAACAGAUCACACUGACUGACAACUUGGGAAAGUUGUCCUCGAUAUUGGAGAUUGACCACUUCGCCCUGGUGGUACAUGAACAGAUCCAAUACUUGACUGAUGGCUCUCACAGCAAAAAGCAGAUGGUUUUCGGGGUGGUGACGGCUGUCGACCUGCUCAACUUCGUCACAGCCCGGAAGAGGCUGGAGCGCUCCAUGUCAGAAUCCACCGAUGAGCUGAAUUAAAAACAAAGACACUACAUGCCUUUACAUUUCUUACUUUAAUGUGACGAACACGUUGACAUUCAGUUUAGCGUCUUAAAAUUGGCAGAAAGUCUGUUUUUCAGAAGUUUUGGUUUGACUUUGGCUCUUAUUUCUCUCUUUUUGAAUCAUUUUUCUAUGUUUGACCUUGAGUCUUAAAGCGUAAUAAGCAGAAUAAUUUGUCCUACUGUCAGCUUAUGAUGGGGGUUGUUAUUAUUGCUUAAGCCUGUAGUGCUCAAAUCUUUUAGAAGUUUUGUUACAGUGUAGACUUUUAUUGUUUUGUAUCAGACUUGAAGAGAGGCUGUGAGGAAAGUAAAUGAUUGUAUCAUCACUGUGGCCUUGUGUACCAGACAGGAAUACAAAAGUCACAUUCAACUCAUUUAUUAUGGGAGUUGCUGUGUGUAUGUGUAUAUAUGCAUAUUAUAUUUUCAUUAUUGCUCACUGUAUGCUGAUUUCAUGAUUAUUCAAGUGUAAAGUAGUCUGGACUACUUAAUCUUUGCAGUGUCUAGGAGAAAACAUUUUCUAUGACAUCAUUUUUCCUUAAUGAAUGUAUAAGGCUAAAUAAAAAUUACACUCUGUA